GUAAGUUUUACAGCCUCGUUCCUGUUAGUUUCUACGUUUUGGCAACUUUCUUUUCUUAACUAACUGGUAUGGCUUUUUCAAAUACCCGAACGUUAUGAAAUGUGGCAUCUGAAAGACGGCGUCAUUGAAUCAAAGUUGGAGUGUGCGCAAGAUUCCUGCCAAAGCGAGCGAGCAUUGGCGGUACUGUCAAAGAUCCUACUGAUGAUCACCAUGCUCUGAGGAAGAGUGACUCUUGUUUUCCUUUUGCUGUGCUUAAGACAGCAGACAUGGAUAUAUUAUUCACAGCCCAGGUGCUGUUAGCAUGUGUCUGGCUCCAAAUUCACGUGAUCUUGACCCAAGAAACCUGUCCUGUAAUCCCACAUAAACCUGUGGAUUUUACUGUUGUCUAUUCACCCCUACAUUUCCAAACUUUGAAAUCCAUUCAGAACAUAGAAGUCAACAAAGACCUGUCUCAGGUGUAUGUAGCAUCUCAGAAUGUGGUUGAAGCAUUGGACAGCAACUUUGAGAAGAUAUGGGAGCUGCGAACUGGUCCUGUUGGCAGCUCGGAAUGUCAGAUCUGCAACUGUGAUAUCAAGACUGAUCCGAAUGUGUUGGUGGAUACAGACAAUCAAGUUCUCCUUUUAGACCCUUCACCAUUUCUUUCCUUUUUGUACAUAUGUGGAAGUAAUCAAUAUGGUAUUUGUACCAUUCAUGAGCUCACAAAAGAAGAGCCACCCAGAUCUAACUGUCUCUUCAAUAAAGAAGCUAACUCACCCUCACAUUGUCCUGACUGCAUUGCAAGUCCUCUAGGUACUAAAGUCAGCAUUGUAGAAGAAGGGCAAACAUCUUACUUCUUCGUGGCAGCCACCAUUAACAGUACAAUUGCAGGAGACUACAGCAGGCGUUCCAUAUCUGUGCAACGUCUGCUUGCUACGGAGGAUGGAUUUGAAACCAACUUCAAGGGCCUGACAGUGCUUCCCACGUUCCAGGAUUCCUAUCCCAUUGAGUAUAUCUACACCUUCUCCACACUUACCUACACCUACUUCCUAUCCACACAGAGAGAGAAUCCUGAAGACAAUACUUCCAAGCUCCAGACUCAUCUGGGGCGGCUGCCGAUAAAAGACACUGAGACCUGGAUGUAUCGAGAGAUUGUCUUGGAGUGCCAUUUCAGGCCCAAGCGAAAGAAGCGGAGUAUGGAAAACAUUGUGUACAACGUGGUUCAAGCAGCCCACUUUAGCACAGCAGAAAAGGAACUAGCAAAUGAACUAGGCAUGAAAGAUGAGAAUGGAGUCUUGUACAUGGUAUUUGCUGUUACAGAUGACGAGGGAAAUCCUUCUAGAAAAUCCGCCCUUUGCGCAUUCCCCAUAGAGAAUGUGAACUUUGUCAUUGAGCAAGGGGUGGAAGCCUGCUGCAAGCCCAGGUCAGGGAGACUCUCCCGGGGACUGUGCCACUUCCAGCCCUGCGUCAGCUGUCCUCAUGAGCAUGAACGACAGUGUGAAAGAAUGGCUACUCUGGUGGCAAUGCCUCAUUUUAGGACUGACUUCUUCAGUGGCCAGAUGCAUGAACUCUUCACCUCCAUUCUGGUCACCACUAUAGGUAACGACACUGUGGCUCACAUUGGCACUGACCGUGGGAGGCUGCUUCAGGUCGUUCUGUCGAGGUCGAACCCCACAGUCUUUGCCAACUAUUCUCUUGUGGGAGAGGAGGAGAAAGUGUCACGUAUUGCUGCUGUGCAGUCUGAGGAGUCUUUACUGUUUGUAGUUGGAAACAAGAUGGUGAGUGUGUCACCUAAAGGUCCAGGAUGUGCCCAUCUGCUGACCUGUUCAGAAUGCUUGCGUGCCCCACGUUUCACAGGCUGUGGGUGGUGCGGCUCGGCCUGUACCCGCCUGGCCCAGUGCACGGGCCAGUGGACCAACAGAACCUGCCCUCCUUUUGUCACCCAGUUUUUCCCAGAGACAGCACCCCCUGAUGGUGAGUCACUGCUCACACUAUGUGGCUGGGACCUCCAAUCUCCCACAAAACCUGCCAUUACUGCAAACACUUACCAAAUUAGCGUGGGAGAGACCAGCUGCUCCAUUAUACCAGAGAAAAGUAACAGCACCCAGCUGGUAUGCAGGAUCCUUCCUCAGCUGUCAUACCUGGAGCGAAACGUGAAUCUCAGCAUGUCUGUGGAGGAAGGGAGAGUGGAACGUGGUUACUCCAUCUCUGGACAGAUUCACAUGCAAGGCUUCAGCUUUGUGGUACCAGUAAUAACAGAAAUCAGUCCAGACUAUGGGCCCAAGGUCGGUGGUACCUUGAUAACGCUGUCCGGGAAACACUUGGAUGCUGGAACAACUAGGGCAGUUCUCCUGGGGGACCAGGUUUGCCCAGUUGAAAGAGUGUCUUCCAAUGGGACCUGGUCCUUUGUGCAGUUUGUGUCCAAGGGAGUGAAGGAUGUAGCAGAGGUGAAUGUGACACUUGUGAUUGACAAGGCAAUGGUAUUGGCAGCCAAACAGUUCAGGUACAGGCAAAACCCUAUGGUGACUGAUGUGAAGCCCUCCUGCAGCUUUAACAAAGGGUCCAGAAUCAUUAUCACAGGACAGAAUCUGGACACUGUGUCACAGGCCACCAUCUCCUACAAACCCAAGAACUCCAGUCCUGUGCAGAGUUUGUGUGGGGGUUCAGUGAGCCCCACACAGAUGGAGUGCAUGAGUCCGGUGUGUGAGGACUCAGACGGAAUCCUCUCGGUGGACAUGGAUGGAGCCAAAGAUCUCAUUUCCCAGCCUUUCAGCUGCCACCCCAACGGUGCGCCCAUCCCCUUCGAGUAUGAUGACCACGUGCUGCAGCUCAGCCCCGGGCAAGACAAAGUCUCACUGCACCACAAGAAGUUGAGCGCGGUGAGUCACUGCAUGGAGAUCGUCAUGACAGUAGGCCAUGUGGACUGCAGGGCUCAAGUGCUGGACAACGAGAUCUUCUGCCGAAUCCCCAAGAACGUGAGCAUCCCUCCUAAGGGAGCGGUGGUCCAGGUGGUGGUGAAUGGGGAGCUGUAUGAGGUUGGCUGGGUGGUGUAUGCCAGGAAUGACUCUACAGUUGGCAUCGUGCUUGGUAUACUGGCUGCACUGGCUGUGGGGGCUGGGUUAGCAUACGCCGUGAUGACUCACCUGCGUAAGAGUAAGAAAGCUGUUCUAGCAGAGGCGCGUCUGGCACGGUAUUCUGUCCGGAAUGGUAUAAACCCAGAAACAUCACCUGUGGGAGAUUACAGACGAGAUUUGUCGCGUGCUACAUCAUAUGGCUCAGGCAUGGCUUUCUCGGGGCUUGCAUAUGCUGGUCCUUUGGAGACCUCUACUCUUCCCUUGGUGUCCCCACGGGGGUUCUCCGCGUCCGAGCUGCUGCCAGAGCUGCUGGAGGAGGUCAAGGACGUACUGAUCCCUCCUGAGAAGCUCAAUGUUCAACACGACCAGAUAAUCGGCAAGGGUCAUUUUGGGACGGUGUAUCAUGGCUACCUCGUGGAUGACCAUAACCAUGAGAUUCACUGUGCAGUAAAGUCCUUGAACAGGAUAACAGAUAUGGAGGAGGUGGAGCUGUUCCUGAGAGAGGGCAUCCUGAUGAAAGCCUUUCAUCACCCUCAUGUGCUGUCACUGCUAGGCAUUCUUCUACCCGCUGAAGGGCUCCCCCUGGUGGUCCUGCCGUACAUGAAACAUGGAGACCUCCGCCACUUCAUCCGCUCUAAAGAAAGGAGUCCCACUGUAAAGAACCUGAUUGGCUUUGGGCUUCAGGUUGCUAAAGGGAUGGAGUAUUUGGCACAGAAGAAGUUUGUGCACAGGGACCUGGCAGCACGUAACUGCAUGAUGGAUGAGACAUUUACAGUGAAGGUGGCUGAUUUUGGCAUGGCCCGGGACAUCCUUGAUAAAGAGUAUUACAGCAUUCAGGACCAUAAAAGAGCAAAACUACCUAUAAAAUGGAUGGCCAUAGAGAGUUUACAGACACAGAAAUUUACCACCAAAUCUGAUGUGUGGUCAUUUGGUGUCUUAAUGUGGGAGAUGCUGACCAGAGGAGCGAGUCCAUAUCCUGAUGUGGACCCCUACGACAUGUCUCAGUAUCUUUUGCAGGGACGGCGACUGCCACAGCCUCAGUACUGCCUAGACAGCCUGUGGUGUAUCAUGUUGCAGUGCUGGAACCCGGAGCCUGAUUUCAGGCCGACCUUCUCUGAGUUAGUGCAGGAUCUGCAGAAUAUCCACUCAUCCCUGGAAGGCGAGCAUUACGUCAACCUACAGGUCACCUACGUCAACGUGGACCGAGCCCAGCCUUACCCGGCCAUCGCCUCUGCCAUGCCCUUGCUCCUCGAGGGCCAAAGCACAGAGACCCUGGACCGACUGGAUGCCACCAUAGACCUCUAAUCACCAUCCAGCAGGAAUGAAGUGUGAGGCACCUAUGUAAAGGACCUUGUGGAAUGCAGGAAUAAAUGGUCAGCCCCCAUGGACAGUGUCGCAUGUCCAUUUUGAAGGUAACCAAAGCAAUGGCAGUGUCUGUGGUUUCAGCCUAUGCUGAACCUCACAUUGCUGGAGCAGGGUGUUGGCCUAAUCACUGCCUCUCAAACAUGAGUAUGGUACUGUGUUGUCCCUCAGGUGUUGCUCUAGUCAUUCUGGACUAGACGUUUACUUUUUUUGUUUUCUUGCGACUAUACAUGUCUUGUUUUGCAGUGAUAAGCAAUUAAGUAUUUGUUUUUAUUGGUUUGACUUGAUGCUAUUUUAAUGUUUCUGCUGAAACAAAAUGAUCUUCAUUUGUUCCUUACCACACACAUGCCAAAAAAAAGGUAAAAAUGGUAAGUUCAUGUUUAUUGAAUGUAGCAAUUUAGAGAAAUGAUAACAUGAAAUUGCAGGUAAUCAAAUUUCAUUUACUGUACAGCUAAUGAAGUUCUGUUGGAAUAUGUUAAGACUACUAUUCUGUCUAAAAAAAAUCAAUUACCAAAUUUAUGGUACUAUUUUUUUUGCCUAAAUUCAAAUUACCUGAUGAAUUUAAGGGUAAGCUUCAAUUGAUAAUGACAUAAGAAGCUCUAGUGAAAAGUAGGGAAUUGGAGAAGAACAGUGACUUAGACAUUUUUGAACAGUAUGCUCAAAUAACUCACAUAUGGCUACAAAUAGCAAGGUAUCAAAACAAACAUGUUUCAAAUCUAAUUUGAGCUGAAGACUAAUAAAUGGUCAGUUCAGACAAUUAUAAUUAGAAUCUUUUCCUCAGUGCUCUUCCACUAUCAGUUCUAGUCCUGCGUUUUGGUGUACUGACUAUUUAUAUGCCCCAUUCUCUAGUGGACCAGACAAAAUUCCUGAAAGAUGUAACAGGCCAAAAUGCAAAAUUUGGUUCUUAACACACAAGUACAAAUUAGAAGGCUACACUGUUGGGGUUAAUUAAUGUAAAAAUGUAUAGGGUUGAUGUUUUAGCUACCCAGAACUGUAAAAGGACCAAAACGUGAGUGCAAGCUUCUACUUUUUAUGUGCACAAAAAGACUGAAUAAAACCAAAGGGACAUUUUCAAAAAACUGCUCUGUAUGAUUGCCUAAACAACAUACUGACCUAUUUAGAAUGUAUGCAUAUUGAAUGAUUAGAUUUGUGGGAUAAUUAAUUUUAAAAAAUGAGGCACAAAUUUAUUAUAACAUUCAUGAGU